AUGAGCGUUCAAGUUUCUCCAUUUGAAUUCAAACCCUUCGAGUACACCAAGCUUCCAUCAUCCUCAAUUUGUUUACUCUCGUUUCUCAAACGAUCAGACCCGAUUGAACCGAAUUCAAUUUCCGGCGUUCCUUUGAUCGAAUGUUUUUUAGAGUCAGUAGACAUCAAUACCAACCCCAAGUACGAUGCGCUGUCUUAUACUUGGGGCAAUCCACACGAGCGACCAAAUUCCAUCAUCGAUGAUUAUGCCAUCACCCAUAAAUGGCCAAUAGCUGUUAAUGGACGACUUGCCUUUGUAAAUAAGAAUCUCUAUGAGGGAUUGUGUCAUCUCAGACAGGUCCGCAUUACUGAAAAUGCUGAUGAGAUUGAUCGACGGCAAAAGCCUUUCAACAAUGCGGAGAUGAUCCGGGCUGCAGAAGAAAGGAAGCUCAAAGACAAUUACGACAUCGAUCGACGGCUAUGGCGUUAUAACAAGACGGAGUUGAUCCACGUUGCAGAAUCUGGGAAGCUAAAAGACAUGGAGACCUGCAUUUGGCUUGGUGCCGAUCUUCAAAGCAAGGACUGCUUCGGCGAGACCGCAUUGCAUUAUGCAGCCGAGAAUGGGCGGUUGGAGAUUGUCAAGACUCUACUGGAAUACGGCGCGGACCUUACUGUGCUCGACUCGGCCAGGCGCACUCCCCUAAUGUGUUGUUUGCAACGAAAACGUGGCCAGCACCAGAAGGUGGCUGAACUGAUCCGCAGCUGGAAAGGUCCAGGCGAAAAGCUCAAGCAAUUCCGUGACUGGAAAGCUUCGGGGCGGCCUUCAGUCCCCGCUACCACAAUCUUCAAGAUUGGAGGGCCAUUUUGGAUUGAUUCGGUAUGCGUCAACCAGAGCAACAUCACGGAGCGCAACGAACAGGUUGCGAUGAUGUCACAAACUUACGGAGCAGCGCAGUCCGUUGUAGCUUGGCUCGGUGUUGCUGAUCACAACACCAAAGCUGCGCGCGAUGCUCUGAGCAUAGUCGGACGGAACGACACAAACAAACUCCGCGCAUCCUUUUCACGAUAUUAUCAGCAACUAGGGAGCGUAGACGAAGACGACAAGCCAAAUGGGAUUCUGCUUUCCAUAAAUGAUAUUAGGGCGGUUAUGGAACUGCUCCAGAGGUGCUGGUUCCGGCGAACAUGGGUUGUCCAAGAAGUGGCACUCGCAAAGGAAAUCACGCUCUAUUGCGGCCCGUAUAAAUUCGAUUGGAUGGAGAUCUUUGUACUCCUGCAGCGUGAUUUGGGCAGCUUUGGUGGACAAUUCUACAAGACAAUGAAUGGGAAGCCGACCAACAAGUACGACAAUUUAUCGAGUGGGUGGACGAGACGAUCAGGUGUUUCCGCUUUAGUGGACAUCAGAGUGCGGACCCGGCCCGACAUCACCGAAUCAAAGAACAUACGAGUCGUUCCCAAAGGUAGAUGGAUCAAGGCUUGGAGGUCAAAAUUGACACUUCCCGUUUUACUCGUCCUCACCUGGGAAACCAUGGCAACGGACCCCAGGGACUGUAUUAUUGCCCUACUCAGCGUUGCGAAUACUCGAGAAGCUGGCACGAAGAUCAUCGCAGAUUACAGCAAAUCGACAUCGGAAUUGUUUGCAGAAACAGGGAAGAUCCUCAUUGAAGCGAAGGGAGACAACAGGGUGCAACACCUUUCACGCAACUACAUAGAAGACUUCGAGCCGCUCGAGAUACUCUCAUUUAUCCAGGCACCACUUACCCCACGCGAACGCCCAGCUGGAAUGCCGUCGUGGGUACCGAUGUUUCACUGGCCACUGACCACUGGGAGGAUCUUUUGGCCAACCUUGCAUGCUGCGAGGAACACAGCUUUGGCCAUGCAUCCGUCAAACCCCGGUACUCUGAAGCUUGAUGGCUUCAUUUUUGACACUGUCGUCGAAAUAGAAAGUCAACCUCCUGAGGCUAUCAACUAUGCUUCGUGGCUCAACAUCACAUCUCACCUCGACCCGGUCUACCCCACCGGAAUGAGCCGCGUUGAGGCUCUUUGGCGAUCAAUACUGGCUGAGACAAUUCCAUCUGAUAAAUUUACAAUAUGCAAGCAUGCAUUUAAGGAUUUAUUCACCCCGGACAGCAGAAGUCUUGGGCGCGGAAAGCCGGAUUUCCUUCGAUUAGGGAUCCAACAUGGAUAUCGAAAUCGAUGCUUAAUGCGUACCAAAAAAGGAUACCUGGUGCUUGGCCCACGAGCUUCCAUGGUCAAUGACCAGGUUUCAUUACUGUCUGGAGGUCGAACGGCCUACAUUCUCCGUCCACAGGAAAUAACUAGGCAGUAUUCGUUUGUGGGGGAGGCUUUUGUGGAAGGAAUAAUGCAAGGUGAAGCACUGUUGGACAAGGAGUUUAAGUUUGUGCCUAUCGAACUUGUAUAG